AUGUCCGCCACCGCCUUUGUGGGGCUCGGCGCGAUGGGCCUGCCGAUGGCGACCAACCUCGCGGCCGCUAUCUCUAAUCAGCCGCUCAUAAUAUAUAACAGAUCCCGCGCCAAGUCUGACACGCUCGCGUCCGCCGCGCCGCCCGGCGCCGUCAAGGCGGCCGCGACGCUCCAGGAAGUCGCGGGGGCAGCUUCCAUCGUGCACCUCAUGCUCGCCGAUGACUCAGCCUGCGAUGCCGUCAUCACCGAGCUGCUCAAGGGGUCCCAAGGGGGCGGCGACGGCGCCCACCUGGCGGCGGGGUCUGUGAUAGUCAACCACAGCACGGUGCACCCGGGGUGCUCGAAGCGGGCCGCGGCGGCAGCUGAGGAGGCGGGGGUGGAGUACGUGGCGGCGCCCGUGUUUGGCAGGCCGGACGCGGCGGCUGCACGGAAGCUGCUGGUCGUGCCGGCGGGGCCGCCGGCGGUGCUGCGGCGCGUCGCGGCGCACCUAGAGGCACUGGGGCGGGUGCUGCCGCCUGUGGGGGAGGACGCGAGUAAGGCCAACGUGCUGAAGCUCACCGGGAACUUCAUGAUCGCGGGCGCGAUCGAGAUGAUAUCGGAGGCUCUGGCCGUGUCCGAGAAACACGGCGUGCCAGGGGACAGCAUCCUCGGAUUCAUCGAGGCCUUCUUCCCCGCCCCUCCGAUCGUGGUGGGCGCCGAGCGCUUUGGGGGCGGGGGCGAGGGCGGCCGACGCGGCGCGCUCGUCGCCAGUAGCGGCGCCUCUGUCCCCUCGGCUUCUCCGCAGGCACCUGCCACAGCGUGCGACGCGCAAUGCGCCGCCCGGCCUAGCUUCAAGGGCGCGGCUCUCAUGACCUCCCAGACCAACCCUGAAUUUUGA